CUGAGCGUGUGUGUUGUUACAGCGCUGAGGGUCAGUGGUUCAACACGCCGCAUGGAGCGGGACAGCCGGGCGGCCCGGACCGUGGAGCUGAACGAUGGCACUCGGAUGCCCCUGCUGGGUCUGGGGACGUGGACGUCGUCCAAGCUGCCCCACGCUCCUGUCCAGGGGGCCGUGGAGACCGCCAUCGCAGCAGGUUACCGCCACAUAGACACAGCCCGCAGCUACCGCAAUGAGGUGGACAUCGGCAAGGCCCUCCGCUCCAAGAUGCAGCAGGGCAUCAUCAGACGGCAGGACAUGUUCAUCGUCAGCAAGCUGUGUAGUACCCAUCACGCCCCAGAGGACAUCCCUCUGUGCCUGAACAAAUCCCUGGGUGACCUGCAGCUUGACUACCUGGACCUGUAUCUGGUGCAUUUCCCUGUUGGCCUGAAGAAAACGGAUGAUGAGCUUUACCCGAGCGAAGAUGGAGAGAUGCUGACCUCAGACAUCGACUAUGUAGACGUGUGGAGGGGGAUGGAAGCUCUGCAGGCCUCAGGGAAGGUGAAGAGCAUCGGUGUGUCCAACUUCAACAUCCUGCAGCUGGAGAGGCUUCUUGCUCUGUGUAGGGUCACCCCUGCUGUCAAUCAGGUGGAGCUGCAUCCCUACUUUGUGCAGAGCGACCUGGUCGAGUUCUGCAGGUCCAGGAACAUCGCCCUCACCGCCUACAGCCCCUUCGGCUCGCCAGAGAGACCGCCAGAGCUUUUUAGAGGAGACACUGAUCCACAUAAGCUCCUGGAGGACCCGGUCGUGGGAGAUAUAGCCAAGAAACACAGACGAAGCCCUGCACAGGUUUUGCUGAGGUACCACGUGCAGCAGGGGGUCUCAGUCAUCCCCAAGAGCAACAAACCUCAUCACAUCCUCGAAAACACAAAGAUCUUUGACUUCAGUCUGACUGAAGAGGACAUGACAGCCCUGAGAGGACUGAACCGAGGCUGGAAGGCCUGUGUCCUGGACCAAGUCAAGUCUCAUCCGUACUAUCCCUUUGAAUGAGUCGUCCAGAGGGGGGAGGAGAGAGUGAGCUGGAUCUGCGUUCACACUGGAGACACCGGCAGGACUCGGUCUGCACUGCGCUGUGACUUGUUUAUUGUGAAACAGAGGCUUAAUACGAAUAAAAUGUGACAAUGAUGAUUACAAAUCUGAAGGCAGUGGAAUCAGUAGAACAUGCAACUCAUUUUCCAAACAUGAACAUAACGGAAAAAAUGAAGGAUAUUGAUUGUUUCCCCCCUUUUUGCUGUUUUCACUUUCCUUUUGUUUUCGAAUGUUUCUCUUCCAUGAAUAAAACGGGCACAUUUCCUUUUGUACCAUGACCCGUCCCCCAUUACGGCAAUCCAUUUAACUCAACCAAAAAUGGUUUUUAAACACAUUGCAUAUUUUAUUACAAUACACAAUAGAAAGCACAUCAAAGUAUAUUUUCUGUACAUACACACUGCAUAUGCAAAAUGGGCACUGUCGAACGAACCUUCAGAAAAAAAGCAUGUAACAGUUCCAGGAUUUGGGUUUCAGUGUGUCACAUCACAUACAGAGACGCUUUUCAGUCAUUAAAUUAUUAUUAAUCCAGUGGUGGACAGUAAUAAAGUAUAUUUACUUGAGUAUGUUUUUCAUCAUUUUUAAAAAUAUUGUACUUAUACUGUAUGCCACUACAAUCCUGUGUUUAAAUAAAAAAAAAAAAAAUCUGAA